AUGCGUAUUGCCCACUGGACGCUGUUCAGUGCGGCAUUGGCCGUAUACGCUGGCGUGGAAGGCGUCUCGGCGGAUAAAGAGAGUGCAGCGUGCAUUGCGCCGUCAGUCGUAGCCUCAUAUGAGCUUAAAAUUGAGGAUCUUAAGCAAUCUAACGAUAAAUUACAGCGUCAAGUGGACGCUCAAGACAAGGAGAAAAUUCAGCUGCUGGCCGAUGUAGCCCAGGAGCAUGAGAUAAUUGUCACGAAACUUCAAACAGAGAUUGCCGCACUUCAAAAUGAAGUCGAAAGCCGAGAAGAGGCCUUAAAAACUGCCAAAGCGGAGCUCACGAGUAGGGAAGACAAAUUCAAUACUGAAUUUAAGCGUGUUUCCUCGCUUGACGAUGACGUUAAGGAAUUAGAAACGUCUCUUGCUAACGAACGAGCUCUCGUUGCUGAAAUGAAUGCAGAACUUAAGGCGGCAAUGGCUGAGUUGGCCCAUCAAACCAGUAGGGUUGCGCAGCUGGAGAAAAGCUACAGUAACAUGGAGAAAAAAAACAAAGCGCUGCUUAAAGAUCUUGGCGAAAACAAGUCCGUUGAGCUCUCUAUGGCCUCGCUGUUGUCGUCGUACUAUGAUGAUGCGCUCGUCCUGGCAGAGGAGAUCGCAGAUUUUGCCCAGCAGAAGCUGAAUGAGCAAACGGACACGUUGGAGCACGUCCAGGGUCAUAUCGAAACGGCGAAGAAUGCGGCGUGGGAUACGUCGAGUAAGUUUUACCAGGAGAAUCUGGCGGGGACCUUGGAUCCGAUUCUUAUCGAUGUACACGAGACCGUGCACCCACAUGCGGAGAAGUAUCUUACAGUGCUAAAGAAUGAAGCUGCCAAGACUCAAAAGGUUGUUCUUAUGUACUCUCGUGAAGCGUUGAGUCGUGCCAAGCGAAUGCGUAUCGAAUCAAUUGAGAUUUUGGAGCAGAAUGAUUACGUGGCGCAAUACGCACAAAAGAUUAUCGAUGGAAUUUUGAUUCUCUUGGCAGUCCCGCUGGCUUCGUUUCCGGUCCGUCUCGCACUGCGUCUAAUGUGGUGGCUUCUCACCACCACGCUUUGCGUGCUUACGUGUGGCUUGUGCUGUGGGGCUCGCAAGAGCAGCCCUAACACUAAGCCUAAGCUCGUGAAGAAAACAGCUAGCGUAAAUCAGAGCUCAAACUCUUUGAACGACCAUGUUGCGAAGAUGACGUCAAAGACGACGCCAACGUUUCAGAAGCGCAGCAAGAAAGGGAAGAAUUAA